AUGUCUCAGAAAUACAAUCACUCUACAGGACUUACUAAUUACAGACCACACCAUGGCUCAAGUGUGGGGACUGAGAAUAGAAACGGGUCUAAAAAUAGAUACAAAAUCAAAAACGUACUUCAAGAAAUCCUCCAUAAAUAUGGAGGACUCAAGAAAGAUGUUAAAACCGUUGGAAAAUUACUUGGCUGAACUCGAGCAGGGUUAAACCAGAAAAAGUAUGAGCUAAGUGCUGCAAGUAUGAUUAAAGAUGCUCAUCGAAGAUCUCUUAUAUCAAGAUUUAGCAAAUAAGAAGAAAUCGUUAGUGGUGAACAAUGAGAGGUCAAGAUUGGCUAACAAUACUUUCCUUAAAGAAAAAGCUAGUCUCUCAUGCGAAAGAAUUACAGACGAGGUUUCAACUAAGUCCAAAUAUCUGAGGUUCCAGCAGAAAAAUCAUAACCAAAAUGAAAGCAACAAGACGGUUCUUGGAGGAAAGAUUGACAAGGAUCCUCACAGGUUUUGAAACAUAAGCCUAGAGGCUAAAGAGAGACCGGUUACUAAUUAUGGCAAUAAGAAGAAAGCAAGCAGGUACACAAUGGAAGCUAGUUCGCAAAAGUCUUAUAAAAGUAUACUCAAUGUCACUCGAAAGACUGAAUCACCUGAAACCCUGAAAUACAGAAUUACGAAAGGGAAUGAUAGGAUCUUUGUACCUAAAACAGUGAAGGUGAAAUCUGGUUUAUCUAAGAACAAAUCAUCGAAACAUAUCUAUCGAAAUACAAGAGAAGACUCUAAACGCAAUAGUGUAUUUGGAACUGGAUCAGGCAAUAUUUCAACAAAGAUGAACAAAAGGAAAGAAGGAAUCCUACAUAGAAGUGUAUGAGCCAAUAUUAGUAAGGGAUAUAAGGAGACCAGACUAAAACUUAGAAGCUCAAAGAAUCAGAAACCGAUAAAUCAUGUCAAUAUUAGCCUUAAAAAUCCUGAAUUUUACAUGCAAAAAUUGGAGCAGAAAAAUGCCCAAAGUGAGCAGAAUAGUCUAAUUGAUAAAAGGGUCCAAUUUCUUGCUGUCUCAGAUGCGCCAUCAGUGGCUUAUAACCUCCCCAAACUUCCAAAGCAAAGAAUGUUCAGAUAUAAAUCGUAAAACCUGAAUAAGUACCAUAUUUAUACUUCAAAUCAUUCUUUUCGAAUUCUAUAGCUUCAUAUUCACUUUUGAACACCCACAGAUUUCCAUAAAAUGAAUGUUUUGCCCUCUUUAGCAACCUUAGCGAUUUCUCUCA